GAUUACACGUCUUCCAAGGCUAAGCAAGCCAAGACGGAGCGCCGGAGUUUGAAUGACAUGCGCCACAUGCUAAAAAGCUCGGGCACAGCCACUCCACCCACGUCGUCACCGUCCCAUUUGCUUCAUCAACUCAGCCCUCGGACCUUGAAAUCGAGAUCAGAUCCAGCUUCGCGAGAUGAGCUUCAAAGGCUUCCAAAAGAGCCUUGUUAGGGCGCCGCAACAAUUCAAAUCCAAGUUCAACAUCGGCGAGCACACCAAGGACGCCGUAUACAUCGACGCAGAGCGACGCUUCCAGGAGCUGGAAAAGGAGACCAAGAAGCUCCACGAUGAGUCGAAAAAAUACUUCGAGGCCAUCAAUGGCAUGCUCCAGCACCAGAUCGACUUCAGCAAAGCAAUGACGGAGAUCUACAAGCCCAUCUCCGGCCGCGUGUCCGACCCCGACUCGAUAAAGCCCGAGGGCAACCCGGAAGGCAUCCGUGCCUGCGAAGAGUACGAGGCCGUUGUUCAGGAGCUACAGGAGACGCUGGCGCCCGAGCUGGACACUAUCGAGACCAGGGUUAUUCGCCCGGCCAACGAGCUGCUCGACGUCAUCAAGGUCAUCCGCAAGACUGCUGUCAAGCGAGACCACAAACAGCUCGACUACGACCGGCAUCGUACCGCUCUCAAGAAGCUGCAGGACAAGAAAGACCGCUCCGCCAAGGACGAAAAAGCGAUGUGGAAGGCUGAAGGCGACUGCGAGCAGGCCACGCAAGACUUUGAAUACUACAACAACCUGCUGAAAGAGGAGCUGCCCAAGCUCUUCCAGCUGGAGCAGGAGUUCAUCAAGCCGCUCUUCCAGUCCUUCUACUACAUGCAGCUCAACAUCUUCUACACAUUACACGAGCGGAUGCAGCGGUGCGAUAUUGGAUACUUUGACCUGACCAGGGACAUUGAGGAGGCCUUUAUCGAGAAGCGAGGCGAUAUCCAGGAGCGGGCCGAAGCUCUCUCCAUUGUGCGAUUCAAGACCACCGGACAGCGGCGGCCGCCUCCCAAGGCCCUCGGUCGCCCUGCCCUGGAAUCCAGCAAGCCUCAGGGACUGCUCACCUCAGGCCCCACGACAUCAGAGAAGACGAGUCCCAAGUUUGGCGGCUUCCAGACGGAGCAGGCAGACGCGGGCGAAGCGUCCGCGCCGCCGCCGUAUAGUGCUGCGACGAAGCCCGGCGCUGGCGCCGGCACUCUCUCCACGCUGGUCGCCGGCAAGGCAAAGCCCCCGCCCCCGCCCAAGCCGAAGCCGACCCGCCUGAGCGGCGCUCCGCCGCCCGAGACGGUGACGGCCCUGUACGACUACGCGGCGCAGGCAGAGGGCGACUUGAGUUUCCGGGCGGGAGAUGUCCUUGAGAUUAUACAGAGGACGCAGAACGAGAACGAGUGGUGGACGGGCAAGGUGAAUGGGAAGUCAGGACAGUUUCCAGGUAUGCUUGUUUCCCUAAAGAUGCUGUGAGAAAUUACGUCAAGCUGAAUUAGA